GGGACGCACCAGAAUACCACCAGCUCUGGUUUGGUCCGAGACAACGAACAAUAGCUUCGGUGGUUGGAGUACACGUAGACAUCACGCCGUGUAGUACUGGAACGUCGAGUGAAUGCUUCGGUCGAUCAUCUUCCUCACUGCCCCGCUCAUCCAACUGAUGGGGACGGAGCGCGCAUUGACAAACGGAGACAAUCGCAUGAUCAGUAACGUGUCCGCUCCGAGUGCUCGACGUCAAGCGGUCAAUAUGAAUCCUGUCCAGACACUGGAUCAAAUGCGUUUGGGGACGGGCAAUGAGCGGUGCACGCACGGAGGUUCAUGCAAUCGGAAACAGAGGUGUUUUCUUCAUAUGCGGUCAAUCGGAGGCGCCGGAUAAGUACGCACAGAUUGCGCACAGACCAAUGUUGCUGAUGAGCGCUGCCGGCGGCGGUGAGUGGUCAUGAGCAGACACCAUACACAUGCAACCGGUAGCCUCGAGGCCGCAGCGUGCGUUUUGCAGUC